CCAACAUGGCUGCGCCCAGGUGAGGUGGUGUGCCGGUAGCCGUAGCUGCUUUCUGAGAUAGCUUGGAGAGGCUGGUUAAGGAGAGAGUGCCCGCGUGCAUUGCCAUGGACAGCAACCAUCAAAAUAAUUACAAACUCAAUAAAACUGAGAAGAAGUUCUUAAGGAAACAGAUUAAAGCCAGGCAUACUUUGCUGAGACAUGAAGGCAUUGAGACAGUAUCCUGUGCCACUCAGAUCCUGGUUGUUGCCAAUGGUGGUUUGGGUAAUGGUGUGAGUAGGAACCAGCUGCUUCCGGUUUUAGAAAAAUGCGGACUGGUGGAUGCUCUCUUAAUGCCACCUAAUAAGCCUUACUCAUUUGUAAGAUACAAAACUACAGAAGAAUCCAAGAAAGCCUAUGUUACCCUCAAUGGAAAAGAAAUAGUGGAUGAUUUAGGACAAAAGAUCAUUCUGUACUUGAAUUUUGUGGAAAAAGCACAAUGGAAAGAGUUAGAGCUUCAAGCUUUACCUCCAGGCCUCAUGGUAGUAGAAGAAAUUAUUUCUUCUGAGGAGGAGAAAAUGCUUUUGGAGGGUAUUAACUGGACAGAAGAUACAGACAGUCAAAAUUUUCAAAAAUCCUUAAAACACAGAAGAGUAAAGCAUUUUGGUUAUGAAUUCUACUAUGAGAACAAUAAUGUAGAUAAAAAUAAGCCAUUACCAGGGGGUCUUCCUGACUUUUGUGAUAGCAUUUUGGAGAAAUGGUUAAAGGAGGGUUUCAUUAAACAUAAGCCUGAUCAAUUGACUGUAAACCAGUAUGAACCUGGGCAUGGAAUUCCCGCUCAUAUUGACACACAUUCUGCUUUUGAGGAUGAGAUCGUUUCUCUCAGUUUGGGGUCAGAGAUUGUCAUGGAUUUUAAGCACCCGGAUGGUGUCACAGUGCCAGUUAUGUUGCCUCGUCGGAGUUUGCUCCUGAUGACAGGAGAAUCUAGAUACCUUUGGACUCAUGGAAUCACACCCAGAAAAUUUGAUACUAUUCAAGCAUCCAAGGGUCACAAAAGUGGAAUUAUCACCAGUGAUGUUGGAGACUUAACUUUAAGCAAGAGGGGAAUACGGACUUCAUUUACAUUUAGGAAAGUGAGGCAAACGCCUUGUAACUGUAGUUACCCUUUGGUCUGUGACAGCCAGAUGAAGGAGACUCCCUCAUCAUUUCCAGAGAGUAAUAAAGAAGCCUCACAACUGGAGCAAGAAUAUGUCCAUCGAGUUUAUGAAGAGAUCGCUGGGCACUUCAGCAGCACGAGACAUACCCCUUGGCCACGUGUCGUGGAGUUUUUGAAAGCUUUGCCAAGUGGUUCGUUAGUGGCUGAUAUUGGAUGUGGAAAUGGAAAGUAUCUUGGCAUCAAUAAGGAGUUAUAUAUGAUUGGUUGUGAUCGUAGCCAAAACCUUGUGGAUAUUUGUAGAGAGAGGCAAUUUCAGGCCUUUGUCUGUGAUGCGCUGGCAGUACCAGUCCGCAGUGGGUCUUGUGAUGCCUGCAUCUCUAUUGCUGUUAUUCACCAUUUUGCAACAGCAGAGCGUAGAGUGGCAGCUAUCCAAGAACUCGUUCGACUCCUGAGACCUGGUGGGAAGGCACUCAUUUAUGUCUGGGCAAUGGAACAAGAAUAUAAUAAGAAGAAGUCCAAGUAUCUUAGAGAAAAUAGAAUUAGCCAGGGAAAGAAAGGGGAGAUCAACAAUGAUACAUCAGUGCAAGAGUUGCUUGUGGAGCAAAUGCCUGUUGUGGGCAACCAAGAUUCAGCAUGUUCUGUCCCCUCCACUAAUGAUUUUCAGGAGGGAGGAUGUAAUUCAAGGGAAGUUACUAAUUCUAAGCUGCCUAUUCACACGAACAGGACUUCUUUUCAUUCUCAAGACUUACUGGUUCCCUGGCACCUUCAGGGAAACCCUGGUAAAAACAAACUUGUUGAGCCAUUUGGUGCAGUAGGAUCCCAUGACCCAAGUCCUGUGUUUCAUCGUUACUACCAUGUGUUCUGUGAGGGAGAAUUGGAAGCUGCGUGCCAGACUUUGAGUAAUGUCCGCAUUCUGCAAAGCUACUACGAUCAGGGGAACUGGUGUGUGAUUCUUCAAAGGGUCUGAUUAUCUCUAUGAACGUAUCCUAUACAGGGAAGAAAUGCUGAGCUUUUUUUAAAGACGACGACUAAAUUAAUUGUCUUUUUAGUUAAAGAAAAAACUUGUGGAAAAGCACCAAAAGAGAGUGCCUGGGAGAAAUUUGGAAGUAGAGAUUAGUUAGGAAAGUGUACUACUAUCGCUGACCUCAUUUUAUCCAUAAGUAUAGGCUUCUCCUGUAGGGAGAACAGGGGUGGUUUUUAAAAGCGAUUGAAGUGGUUUGUGAAGUAUUUGAGAUCCUGGGGUAAGAGUACAGCAUUUUGAAGAUUAACUUUUGUUAUAAAAUGUUACUAAAGGAACUAAAUCAUGUAGAAUUUUAGUGAAUUAAUCAUAUAAUAUUUUAAUAAAGAAAAUAUUCCUGUUUAGUA